AUGUCCACAGUAGUCAUCGCUGGUUUCUUGAGUCGCACAUCAUUCGUCUUAGCGACGCUGACCGCAAUUCACCUGAUCGUCACCGCUGCACUUUCACCGACGUCGCCGGCGUUGAAUUCGAUAUAUGCAAAUCCAGAUUUUGCGCUCGAUUGGUCAUGGAUGGAUGACGGCGAAGGUGAUGGUGAUGGCGAAGACGAUGAUAUGGCUAGAGACACGCUUUCGUUACCGGAACAUUCCUACGAGACGACAACAACACGUUGUGAAACCCUUGAACAAGUCGGAAUUCUCCACAGACGACGCCACCUUAAAAGGCUAAUAAUCACCUAG